AUGUUGGCAAUGGAAUUGUUCAACAAUCAGAAGCAUGUUCCAACUACUACUCCAAUCGAAGAACCGUUGAGACCUCAUUCCGAUGAAUUCGUCGAUUCGGCAAUCGAAGAAAUGGAGAUUCAUCUGAAAACCUUCUCGAAAGAGUUCUCCGACGCAAACUCCAAAUUGACACCAGCACAACGACAGAUGUAUGGAGAUAGGCUGUUGGGAUCCGUCAAAAUGUUCCAAGCGGGAAUCAAGAAAGCGAUCAUGAAGGAUCCGUCAUAA